AAAUUGAAACUGGCCGCUUGUGUAACUCAUCAAUCAUCUGAUUUCUCUCAUUUUGAUCAGAGAUCCCAACCUUCUACAUUUGUUGUUGAUAAGCCUGCUAACGAUGGCUACAACUGGCGGAAAUAUGGGCAGAAGCAAGUGAAAGGUAGUGAAUUUCCUCAAAGCUAUUACAAAUGCACCUUUUCAGGUUGUCCCGUCAAGAAAAAGGUUGAGCGCUCUCUUGAUGGCCGAGUAACUGAAAUAAUUUACAAGGGGCAGCACAACCAUGAACUACCUCAAAAGUGUGCAAAAGAUACUGGAAAUUCUAAUCAGGGAAAUCCAGACUUUGCUAGCCAAGUUCAAAGUGGGAAUUUGAACAAAUUGAGAGAAGGGACAGGUCUUUAUUUAAUGUCAAAGAAGGAUCAGGAAUCGAGCCAAGCUACACCUGAACACUUAUCUGGUAUGAGUGGCAGCGAGGUAGUGGAUGAUGCUGAAACUGGAGUAGAUGAAAAAGAUGAAGAUGAACUUGAAGCAAAGAGACAGAGUACAGAGGUCAGGGUUUCAAAGCUAGCUUCUUUACAUAGGACUGUCAUAGAGCCUAGGAUCACUGUGUAGACAACUAGUGAAGUGGAUCUUGUAGAUGAUGGGUAUAGGUGGCACA